GUUCCAGCUUUUGUGACGGAAAAUGGUGACAAUAUCUACGAGAGCAAUGCUAUUGCGUAUUACGUAUCGUCGUCAGCUCUUAGAGGUACUUCAGAUUUAGAUGCAGCACUAGUACAACAAUAUCUUUGUUUCGCCGAGAAUGAGCUCCUCCCACCAAUCUGUACUUGGGUGUUUCCAACAUUUGGAUACAUGCCAUUCAAUAAAGAAACUGCACGUGUUGCUCAAGAGGCUGUGAAGAGAUUGCUUGGUGUAUUGAACGAUGUCCUUGCCACUAGGACAUUCCUUGUUGGAGAAAGAGUGACAUUAGCUGAUAUUGGAGUCUGUUGUACUCUUUUGAUGCUUUAUAAACAAGUACUAGAGCCUCAAUCUCGUAAUUCGUUUGUUAAUUUGAACCGCUGGUUUGUAACAUGCAUUAAUCAGCCACAGUUCAAGAAGGUAUUAGGGGACGUUACACUCUGCGAGAAAGCAGCCCAAUUUGAUGCUAAGAAGUAUGCUGAGUUACACCCAAAGAAGGAGAAACCAGCCAAAGAGAAACAGCCACAGCAAGAGAAGAAGCAACAAGAAAAGAAGAAGCAGGAGAAGAAGCCAAAAGAGCCUGAGCCAGAGGAGGAGGAGGAAGAGGAGGCCCCUAAGCACGUCUUUGUUGACCCUUACCUCUCACUCCCAAAAAGUUCAUUUGUUUUGGAUGCAUUUAAAAGAACAUUCUGUAAUGAAGACCCAGUCAAAAACACCAUACCUUAUCUAUGGGAGAACUUUGAUAAAGAAGGCUACAGUAUCUGGAGAUGCGAUUACUUGUAUCCGGAGGAACUCAAGAUGACAUUCAUGGCUUCAAAUCUAGUUGGUGGGUUCUUCCAGCGCAUUGAGAAACUCCACAAGUACGGGUUUGCUGUCAUUUAUGUUCUUGGGGAGAACUACAAGCUGAACAUUUCUGGCUUUUGGAUCUUGCGUGGGCAGGAACUAGCAUUUGAUGUGA